UUCGAGAGUACUUUUUUUGUGGACAAGAUGGCAGAAAACGUGGCUAAAGGAGUCGAGAAGAUGGACCUUUCUGAUCAAAAAAAGGCAUGACCGGUUCCUUUUUUAGUUAAAUCAUCUCUACAACACAAUGUUUCCGUCAAGGAUAAGUUUUCUUCAUUUUGCAAAGAGGCUAGGCACGACAUACUUGAGGGCGAUGAGCAUGAAAGCUGGAGAUAAAGGCAAGAAACAAGGAGGAGGAGAAAAAAAAGCCAUGGAGCUGAAGCCGCCACCAGAUUAUAUUGAGCAUCGUCAAAAAUUAUGGGACAAGCUAAAGAAAGAGAGAGAUGACUGGAUAGCUGCUCAAGAAAAGGUCCCGAUCAAAGUCACUUUACCAGAUGGUGCUGUAAAGGAGGGAAAUGCCUUUCAAACUACUCCUUAUGAAGUUGCUGCAGCAAUUAGCCAAGGCCUUGCUGAUAGCACUGUGGUUGCCAAAGUGAAUGGAGAAUUGUGGGACUUGGACCGACCGUUUGAAAAAGACUCUUCUCUUCAACUGUUGAAGUUUGACGAUCCAGAAGGUCAGUAUGUGUUCUGGCACUCCAGCGCUCACAUGCUGGGAGAGGCAAUGGAACGACAGUGUGGAGGACAUCUGUGCUACGGGCCUCCUGUCGAUGGGGGAUUCUACUAUGAUAUGUGGAGUCCUGAACCAGUGUCCAGCAGUCAGUUACCAGUUUUGGAGUCUUUGGUGAAGACUAUUUCCAAAGAGAAGCAGCCAUUUGAGAGAUUGGAGAUGAGAAAAGAAGACCUGCUGAAGAUGUUUGAGUACAACGAAUUCAAGCAAAGGAUCAUCAAAAACAAAGUGCAAACCCCAACCACCACUGUGUACAAGUGCGGUCCAUUGAUAGAUCUCUGUCGAGGGCCUCAUGUGCGUCACACUGGGAAAGUCAAAGCUCUAGCUGUCACCAAAAAUUCUUCUACCUACUGGGAGGGUAACUCAGAGGCUGAGACGCUGCAGAGAGUCUAUGGAAUCUCCUUUCCAGAUCCCAAACAGUUGAAAGAAUGGAAGCACUUGCAAGAGGAGGCUGCGAAAAGAGAUCAUCGCAAAAUUGGAAGGGAACAAGAACUGUUCUUCUUCCAUGAGCUCAGUCCAGGCAGUUGUUUCUUCUUGCCAAAAGGAGCCCACAUAUACAACACUUUGGUCAGUUACAUCAGGGAGCAUUACUGGGAGAGAGGUUUCUCGGAGGUUGUUUCUCCAAACAUCUACAACAGCAAGUUGUGGGAAACGUCUGGACAUUGGCAACAUUAUUCUGAAAACAUGUUCUCUUUUGAUUGUGAGAAAGAAACGUUUGCUUUGAAGCCUAUGAACUGCCCAGGACAUUGUCUUAUGUUUGAUCAUGGGGUUCGAUCGUGGCGAGAACUUCCCCUUCGGAUGGCAGACUUUGGUGUACUCCACCGUAAUGAACUGUCCGGUGCUUUGUCGGGUCUGACCAGAGUGAGGCGAUUCCAGCAGGAUGAUGCCCACAUCUUCUGUCGUAAAGAUCAGAUCAAGGAGGAGAUCCAAGGCUCCCUGGACUUCUUGCAAAGUGUGUACUCCACUUUCGGCUUCACCUUUUCUCUCAACUUGUCUACUCGCCCAGAGAAAUUUCUUGGAGAUAAGGCUGUUUGGGAUGAAGCAGAGAAGCAACUGGAAGAGAGCUUGAAUGCCUUUGGCAACAAGUGGGCUUUGAAUCCUGGCGAUGGUGCCUUUUAUGGACCAAAGAUUGAUAUUACCAUCUGUGAUGCGCUGAAGAGGAGCCAUCAGUGUGCUACCAUUCAACUGGAUUUUCAGCUGCCGGAGAGGUUUAACCUCACCUACAUGAAUGAAAAGCAAGAGAAAGAGAGACCUGUGAUCAUUCAUCGAGCUGUGCUGGGCUCUGUGGAGAGGAUGAUGGCCAUCUUGUGUGAGAAUUAUGGUGGGAAAUGGCCAUUCUGGCUGUCCCCUCGGCAGUCUAUUGUGAUCACUGUUGCUCCAGCUUUUGAUGAAUACGCUCAAGAGGUGAUGGCAAAGAUUCACGAUGCUGGCUUUUUGUGUGAACAUGAUUUGGACCAGGGCACCACUAUGAAUAAGAAGAUCAGAAACGCUCAACUGGCACAGUACAACUUUAUUUUGGUGGUGGGUGAGAAGGAAGUUGCGAACAAGACUGCCAACGUGCGCACCCGAGACAACAAGAUCCACGGAGAGCACAGCAUUGAUCACGUCAUUGACCGCUUCAAGAGCUUCGGCAAGACGAGACAGCAGGAUGCUGAGGAGGCUUUCUAAGACUUCUACCAGGAGAAUUGUUGUUCAAAUUUUUAUUUUUAUUUGUCUAUGUUCAUGAAUGAAAUCUGUUACAUACAUAGGUUUAUAUGGUGUUCUCAUCAGGACUUCAAUGUGAUUUCAUACCUGUCUGUAUUAUCUGUCUCGUACUUAUUCCAUUUUGGUUACACUUUAUCCGUAGUGUAUGAACGAGUUACCGCAGCUACUGUUGGGUUAAAUGUAUUGUGAGAUGUUUUCCUCUGAAAUUUUUUUGACAUAGAUUGGAAGCCAGUAAUUUGGGACUAACAUGGAUUUCUGUAAUGUUCCAAGCAAUUUUAAGUGAAAUGGUUUUCAGAGUAGGGAAAUUGUUUCUCUAACUGAUUGUUCUGUAAACAUUUCACGUCUUUAAAAUGUCCCAUGAUAAUUUCAUCCCUCUCUCUCAUCUAUAGUUCUUUUUCUUGAAAUCACCACUGAAACUGACCCCCAAACACAGUUCGUACCUCUUGAUCACUUUUAUAUAUAGUUGUACGGUUUGUAGAAUUGAUGCAGAAUGAACUUCUGAGAUUUUUGUUGUCCAGUAAAGAAUGUUCUUUAGCGAUACUUAAAAACUUGUUGAUUUUAUUAAACACUCUUCUUAACAAGGAUAUCAUGUGGGAUGAAAAUUUCAUCUAUGGUUUCAUUUCAUGUUUUGUUACGUGAAUGUGUAAAUUAAGUGGUUAUGUUCCUGUGGUUGAGGUAGGAAUUUAUCCUGUGCUGCCUUACAUAAAGGGUACUGGAAAGGAUGGCUCUCAAAGCGUCACUUCUGAUGUAUUCAUUCAGUUGCACUAUGUUAAUUGGCUGUUCGUCAUUUUCCUCUGGUCAGGAAGGCAACCAGCAUUUCAUAAGUCCCUCCACUAUUUGUUGUGAGAAUGUGGCUGUCGACUCCUUUUCAAAACUAAUAAAUGCCUGGAGCAGGAUACACGUGACUUUUUUUUGUAUUUGUGAAUUGUAGUUUAAGUUUAAAUACCUACUUGUAGCUAGCCAAAUAGUAACUGUUCUUAUGUGAAGUCUUACUAUAGAUAGUCCAGCGAGGGAAUAUAACAUUGCUCCAUUUUUCUUAAAGCAAAAGAAGAAAAGUAGUAUGCAUUUCCAAUCUGGGGAAUGCGACUUUUCUGUCACAUUUUCUUUUCCUUUUUUUUUGAGCUAUUAAAAAUUUUCCCAAACUCCAAGUAGUUUAAAUGCUGCAUAGUAAUUUGUUUUUGUAGGGAUGGUAAGAAUUAAUGCUUGUCACUUAUUUCACUCAACUAUUAUAAGUCCUGAACAUUACUGUCAAGUCAGUCUUCAAAACAGUUGUAAAUAUUAUGCUUUUCUACGGUGUCACAUGCUGUGUAUCGUACCAAGCAUCUUGAAUUUUGCUUUCUUGCACUUUUAUUAGUGUUGUAGUAUUUAUUUAUUUAUAUGACUGCCCACAUGGACAUAAUAUAUGCCUUAUGUAUUUGUUGACCAUUUCAAGCUUGUCAACGGCUCCCGGUAUAUAUUCAUUUCAGUUAUGAUUUAUCAACAGAAAACAAACAUUGAGCAUUCCUCAUCCAGAACGGGGGGGGGGGGGGGGGGGAAUUACCGAGGAUUCGGAUACGGAUGGACAGGGUUUAUAAAUAUGACCACCACAAUUUGACCACAAGAGACUGAGUUUCCUUGAAUUGUUUUGCGAAUUCACUUCUCUUACUUCUUGUGUAGUGUGGUGGCCAGAUGUUGCAGCGAUAGAUAAAUAACAAAAAAAGUAUGGAAGAAAACGUUGUCUUGAUUUGUAUGUCUUCUGUAGUAAAACCUUCCUACUAAGUAGAAUAAACACUUUCAUGUUCGGAAAUAAGUCGCAGAGAAAUUGGGUCCUGUGAAAGUUGAAAUAUGGGAAAUUGUCUCAGGAGAAGUCAAUAAAGAGAUCUUGGUGAUUUCACAUAACUUCACUAGUGAAAUGGCUUUUCCUGACCAUAGGACAAAAAUAGACAAUUAUGAAGUCAUCAUCAAUUGCAAACAUUACCUAUUGAUAUUGCAUGUUAAGAACAGUAUGGCUUACUAUCCAUAGCUUUGGAAUCCUUUUUGAAUAUUUGCAUCCCCUUUGUAUACUGCAGCAGGCUGGGAAUGAUGAAUUUACUUGUUCAGCAAAAAUGUAUAGAUAACACUUUGUUUUUCUGUAUAAACUGCUUUUUUUUCCAUUAAAAUGGUCAUUCAGCUUG